CGCCACGCGCCGCAAACUUCUGAUGACGCGAUAGGUUUGGCUGGUCAGCAGUCUUUGUAGUUUGAUCAGAUGGGGCGCCGGGAAGGUUCCGGAUGAGUUCUCACGGUUAGACGUAGAAUAAGUUCCGCACACAACAUACACAGCAGUAGGCGGCAGGUGACGUCACAAAAGUGGAGGCGUAGUCGAUGACGUGUGUCCGCCAUGUAGGAGAACAGCAGCGCCGCCAUUAAGUCAUGCUAAGAAAAAGUUCCCGCUUGGAGUCGUCGGGCUACUACACCAGUGACGGGCAACCCGUCAUCUCGUACAAGGAGACGCCAUACAGGAAGCUCUGGACUCGCAGCCGGACUCUCCGCCAUCGCAGAGUAGCCGUGGACGACGUCAAGUACAACAUUCCGCUGUCUGCAAGCCCUGCAAGCCCUGCAAGCCCUGCAAGGACGGACAGAGCCCCCUCCAGGGUCGACAGCAUGCUGCGAUUUGCACGCAAACACUUGAUCACCAUUUUGAUCUCUGUCCUGUGGCUCUUGUGCGAGUCCUCCAUUCGCCAGAUGACAGGCUUCCUCGCCCCCUCAUACUUGUUCUCUGGACGCAGCAACGAGCUGUCAGAAGAAGCUUUCGUAAAGUACAACGAACUGCUGGCACGUGUGAAAGCCUACGAGCAGCAGAAGGACGACAAGGCGCCUCCGUGGGCCAGUGUUCCAAACUUCGCACUCAAGUCAGCAGGAGCCAGUGUCGUGUGUGCUGCCACCUCCAAGUCCUAUAAGGCCAAAACUGGAACCUUGUCUGUCUUUGGCUUUCAGAUCAUGUUCCCUCAGGCGGUGACACCAAGUGUGGUCAUUGAGGGCAAGUCUGAGCUGAUCCCAGGUCAUUGCUGGGCCUUCUCGGGUCACGAGGGGAAUCUAACAAUCACCCUGUCUCACCCGGCUGUGGUGCAACAUGUGACCCUGGGUCACAUCUCAAAGAGAAUCUCCCCCACCAGCUCCAUCCCCCACGCCCCGAAUGUCUUCUCAGUCUAUGGAAUGGAGACACUGGACGCGACAGAAAUCAAACUCGGAACCUUUCAGUACGACCAAGAUGGAUUCAUGUUCCAAAACUUCAACAUACCUGAGGAGUUACACACCACCAGCAAGUACUUGACACUCAGUAUCCAUAGCAAUUGGGGUGAUCCCACAUACACCUGCCUGUACAGCCUCAUGGUGCACGGGAGGCUGGCGUCCUGAGGCGAGAACAACUUGUGCACACCUGACACACACGGCUGACUAGUGUGGCAUUUUGGGCCUCUCUGCACCACAAGUAUGAAAAAGAACACUACCUCAACAUGACGUCCAUCUUUAGUAGGCUUACCUUCUAGAAGGACGCAUGGUCGACACAAACGCAGCCAGACUUUUUCCUCUAUGCCAUUUGCACUUUAAAGGCUCAGAGACUUACUAUCAUGAUAUUUUUAUUUAUCAUGCAUCAUUCAGGUUGCAAGCAAUGCUGCACGUUAUGGACAACAUGUGCAAUACUAUGUAUUCUUUUAUGUUGGUUAUAUUAUUCAGUGUUAUCUUGGCACAACGCGGGGCUGCUAGUUUGCUCAUCAUAAUAUUAUAUAAUAUAUAAUAAAGGCAGUCGAGUUGUGGUUGUUGGUGGAGGAUGAAUGGUAUUAAAAAGAAAAUAUUUUUAUAUAAGAUAUAAUUAAGGCAGUCGAGCUGUGAUUCUUGGUGGAUGAUGGGAUGGUAUUAAGAAGUCUACAAGUUAGGUGACAAGGAUGAGAGUCAGUUUUUCCAAAAAUUGGGGUUCUGGUUCAUCCGUCUGUGGAAGUUGUCGUACCACUUGAGUAUGCAGCUGGACGGGAUGAAGGUCUCGUUAGGGCUGGGCGUCAUCUGCGCCUGCGUGACGGCGAAGGAAGACGCAAAGUUGUACAAACUGUCCAACAUCUUUUGCGUGAAAAGCCGCAAAGUGUCUGUCGUGGACGCGGCAGCACCGGACACGGGGGUCUGCUGGGCCAGCUGCUCCAGCGGCUCCACAGACACUCCGACCUGGGCCACGGAGGGAGGCGAGGCCAUCGUCCCGAAGGGGUGCGCCCCGCCUUGGCCCACCUUCAGCCCGGAGAUCUUGAAGAUGGCGCUGGGCUUGUCAUUGGCGAUGAAGCCGAGCAGCUGCCACACCGGUCCGCCGCUCGCAGGGUCCGGGAAAGAGAAGUAGACCGCCCCGCCCAUGCCUGUAGGGAAAGGCACUGUGCCGAGCAUGAACACCACCACAUGGUUCACGCUCUCGUAUUCCGGCAGAUUGAACACGAAUUUAUCAGAAGCCACCUGAACCGCGUCCGUCUGCACCAACCUGCCGGCCACCAAACAGCCAAACAUGGCGGCUAGCCUAGUUUCCUGCGUUAGCGACUAGCAAAUAGCUUUAGUCGCCGCUCGAGUGCCCGAUUUAGCAGCUAGCUGCUAGCUGUAGUCCUUCUGUGGCGCUGCUGUGGAGAAGGCGAAAUCUUGUCAACUAGCUAUGACUACUAGUAGUAGCAUCUAUAGCUAUCUGUAACCAUAGCUACAACUAUGGUCAGCCUCCCGCUCGCUUGUGUGCCAAUAGAAGACGGUAGAAACUUCUAGAAGCUUAAGUUGUCAGUCCUCGCUGCUCGACUAUCGACUACACGUCCUGAGCUGAGAGCUUCAAGUUCAAAUUUAUAUGUCUACAACUCUCGAGUUAUUGUCAACCGCUUUGGGGGUCCGUGUAACUUCUGGUUAUUGAAUUUUCUUUUCAUGAAAGGGAAUUUAAAAACGAACGCGGGGUUGGUUUAUGAGAAUUCAAAUUUGAAAUACAGUAAAUAAAACUGAAAUACAAAGCGUUCUUCUUCAACGGCAAAAAGCUAUAACUACAUUUACAAAAACGGUUUUAUUGUACAAUAUAAUAAAACAUUAAAUCACCAGUUAACAAAAGGGAAAAACAGACCAAAAUCUUUUUUUUUUUUUCCAUAUUCGGACACCGGAAGUUUUCAUUUCAUUCUUAUAGGUGGAUUCAAGCAGACGGCAAGGGUCUUCCACAUGCAACUGCAACAACCGCUACCCCCCGGUCCGUUAUGCAACAUUUGGGCCAAUUCUGUAUCCGGCAAAGUCCGUUCUUCAAAUUAAAAGUAAGCCAGAAAAAUACAACUGUUACACCACACCUGUGUGCCUGUGGCUCUGGAGGCUAAAAUGUAUUUGGAUUUCAAAACCAGGCCCGACAUAUACAGAAAUAUCCUGCAUAGACACUUUUCUGUUUUUGAUGACUACUAUAUACGGCCCUAAUGAACCAUGAAAAACAAUGAAAACCAUGAUAUUUUCAUCAUAAUAAUCAGGGCAGCCUGGGCAGGACGUGAAAACGGGACACGUCUUAGGAACAGGAUGAUUGUUCACUGUAUGUAAU